GAGACCUACUGGCAUCAUCUUCAUAGUCAAAAAGUGAGAGCUGCUGCUGAGCUUGUUCUGCUAUCACCUCUUGCUGAGCACCAGAAAUAUGGAUAGACUUCUGCGACUUGGAGGAGGUAUGCCUGGGCUGGGACAGGGGCCACCAACAGAUGCUCCUGCAGUCGAUACAGCGGAACAGGUUUAUAUCUCCUCCCUUGCACUGCUGAAAAUGUUGAAGCAUGGCCGUGCUGGCGUCCCUAUGGAAGUUAUGGGUCUGAUGCUUGGGGAAUUUGUUGAUGAUUACACUGUGAGAGUGAUUGAUGUUUUUGCAAUGCCACAGUCAGGAACGGGUGUCAGUGUGGAGGCAGUUGAUCCUGUAUUUCAAGCAAAAAUGUUGGAUAUGCUGAAACAGACGGGAAGACCUGAGAUGGUAGUUGGUUGGUAUCAUAGUCACCCUGGCUUUGGCUGUUGGUUGUCUGGUGUAGAUAUCAAUACUCAGCAGAGCUUUGAAGCCUUAUCAGAAAGAGCUGUUGCUGUGGUGGUGGAUCCCAUUCAGAGUGUAAAAGGAAAGGUUGUUAUUGAUGCCUUCAGAUUGAUCAAUGCUAAUAUGAUGGUCUUGGGACAUGAACCAAGACAAACAACUUCAAAUCUGGGUCACUUAAACAAGCCAUCUAUCCAG